CCGCUGGACAGCCUCCAAGACCCUCGUGAAUGCAUAGUUUGAUCAGACACCGUCAUCAUCGUAUGUAUCGACAGCGGCAUAUUUCGUCCGUGCAAUGUCGUCCAUGUGGUAGGAAAAUAGGGUAUAAAAGCCAGCUUAGUCUUCGUCCACACUGUCCUUCGAUUUCACGAUGUUCACUUCGAUGCUCUCCGUUUUUACUUUCCUAAUUGCUACCACUAAUGCUUCGCCCUUCGUGCUUCCUCGGGACGCAUCCGACACAGACAGUUGUCAGUCACUCAAAAACGCCUGCAACGCCAACGUCACCGAUUUAUCCCAUUUCUACAACGACACUGCAUGCGUUCUUUUUACCGUUUGCUCGGCACCUCCACAAGUUCCCUCUGCUGUCCUUUUUCAGAAUGGCGCCCCUGCCGAUCAGCCGCGUAUGAAUGAGAGCUUCUUCAUGACAAUGUCUGGCGGCCAAGAUUACAUGAGUCAACAGGCAUUCAUCGAUGCAUACUAUGGUCAGAUCUCGAUAACUCCGAACGGCACAUACCCAUCGACUGUUGAUGACGUGAUUGCGCACUGGGAGAACAUUGCAGCGUGGACUGGCUAUUGCGACACUCUCAACGUACCCUAUUCUAACUUUGCUGAUUGGCUCGAAUAUUCAUCCGUCCCAGGCGUCUGUCCCGCUGUGGCUUCUUGCAAUGCGACUAUAGCAAACGAGACACUGCCAUGUGUUCCCCAGCCCAUUACUGACAACGGUAGCUGCAGCGAAGUAGCAAGCGAAUGUGUUUUCUGGGUCGCCGAUGGUCUCUUCCAGAACGAGUACUGUGUCCUCUCCAGCUUCUGCUACGCUGAAGCCUCCACGGAUGUGUUGCUUCAGCACUUGUACCCAUCUUAUGUUUCAGACCACCCGACGACGGCGUCUGAGGCACGUCUCUCUCAAGCUGUAUUUUACAACAUAACAGGGGGUGCCCAGACCAUGUCUGAGCAAAACGUGAUCGACGCAUACUACGGUGCUCUCACUGGCACUUGGAUUGACUUGGGAGGCCCAUUCGGCGCUGAGACCCCAGGAAAGAGUAACAACAACGGACCCUACCCUACUUCAACCGACUACGUCUCCAACUUCUGGGGUAUCAUCAGUGCUUGGACGGGUUUCUGCGAUACGAAAGAGAUUCCGUAUGAUAACCUUGCUGAUUACUUGUCUUACGCUGCUACCAGCGGAUAUCACCCAGCAGCUUGCUGAAAAAGCAACUUUAGCCACGUUACGGACACUUCAUGGACACUUUACGGACAUUUUUGAAACACUUUUCACUUGGAUUACUUACUAAUGACGGCACGGACUAUAUUCUUGAUCUUGCUAUUUCUACUGCUUUCUUCGCUACAAACGAAGAUGAAUGUGUGCAACUUGUGGGUACAACCUUGAAUGGAUAAAAAUGUGAACACAAUGUAGAUGUUUAUGUUU